AUGGCUGACAAGGAUGCUGAUGGUGCUAAACUGGAUAUUUCUCUCUUGAGAACUCCCAUCCAGAUCAGUGGGAAGCCUAUAGAACAAGUUCUCAACAGCAUUCAUUAUGGCAGCCCGGAGCUGAGGUGUCUGCUUAUGGACGAGUGUGAUCUCAUUUUUGAGUGCAAAGUCUGCAGGGCCCUUUUCCGAGAUUUGCCCAACUUUGUUUCCCACAAAAGAGCAUACUGCACCAAGUCAGCUUUGGAGACCCGGCACGUGACCAUUGCUGGGCUCCCAGAGGAAAAAGUUGUGGUCAUCCAGCCUCAGGCUCCUGAGGAAACCAGCAGUGGAUUACCGUCAAUAUCGCAGCAGCCGAAGUCGGCUCGACCAAGUUUGGAACAGACUAUAAUGAGGAUACAGUCAGGAGAGCUAGGUAGAUCUGAAGCCUAUCAAGUUUACACAGAAGCUGCAGAAAAGCUUCAGAGGCAAAAGGAGGGCAUGAAAGUAGCCACAAUUAGAACUACUGCUAUUCCUACAAAUAAAAAUGCAGUGUUUAUUGAUGUCAAUAUGGCAUCGGUGAACAUUCAUGAAAGACAGCAACAGGUCAAUAAUGGAAAUAAUUCUGGGUAUGAUCAAAAGCGAAAUGACAGUUCUGUCACUGUGAUAAAACGUAAAACUGGAGAACGACAAAGCAACACACGGAAUGUACGUAAGUCAGCUAAACAAGAGAGACAGUCCUCAGAGCCACAGAAACUGCUCAUGGAACAGCUGAAGGAGAUUCAGCACAAAGUCAAGCAGAAAGUGGCUGCAGCUCAAGAUAAAACAGCUCAGCAGAAGAAGGUAAAGAAUGCAUCUCAGAACGCCAGCUCGCAGAAAGACGCUGUAUCUCCAGCAAUAACUGACAGCUCACAGAAGACACUUUCUAAUACAAAUACAACACGAGCUCAGAAGAAACUCGCUGACUGUUCUGGCUUGAAAGUGUUGUCCAGUGAUAAUGUACAGUCUACUGCAGCUAGUGAUGAAGAAGCAAAGAGUAAUGUUAAAGAUGAAUCAGAUCUCAAAGAGGUAAAAUAUGCUCUGGUCAAAAAUAAAGUUGAUAACAAAAUUCGUUUAAAAGCUGCUAAAGAAAAUAAAUUGCUUACAGCACUUGCAGUCACUGCAUCCACAAGGAGGAAGAAACUAUCUAAGAGAGUCCCAGUUUGCUCAAAAUGUGACUCAGUUUUUGCAACAACUAAAAGUUUGCACUAUCAUGAACAAAUUCACCAUUCAGGCAAGCGAACAUUUUACCCGUGUCCUUAUUGUUCAAGUGUGUUCUACUACUUCUUUGGAAUCACAAGGCAUUUGUUCAGAAACCACUCCAAGUCGCUUGAUGAAAUUAAUGCCAUGCGAAGUCAGCUGCGAGAAAGAUCAUUUACUAAACCAUUGUCCACAUCUUCUUGCGCUAAAGAAGUAGGAGGAAGUAGCCCAGGCAGUGGCAGAAGUACUAGGUCCUUAGGGAGAAGUCAUCUCUUAAAUCUAUCUCCGGAUACAUCCAAUCCUGCUGAAACAUCAGCACUCGGCGACAAACAGCUGUACAAGAAACUCAGUGGAGAUGCCGGGGACAUCACAGAAGCACCUUCAAAAAUUGCCAGGCACAAAAUUCAACAGGAAAACAGUACUCAUAAGGAGCAUCUAAUCUCACCAAAAAUUUCAACAUUGAAGACAGAAAAUGCUGUCAGUGCCAAAGAAGACAGAGGGGAGCCUCGCCCAAUGAGGCAUAAAAACAGACAGCAGCGAGGACUUGGCGAUAACAUUAGGAAGUCUGGUAAAACUGAUAAUUUAAUUGGUUCACCUUUAGGAGUAAGCACACCUGUGUCUUCAUCUCCUAUCGUAUCUAGAUCCCAAGACAACCUGUCUCAUCUAUGCCCUAAAUGUCACCGUGCUUUUCGCCGUAAAAUCAGCUGUAAAAAUCAUAUUAAGGUUUGCAAAGCUAAAGGUGGCAGUGCUAAAAAACCAGCCAGGACUCCAAAUACAAGACAUAAAGAUCAGGGGUUAACUCCAGAUUCUGACCCUUUUAACAGUAACAAGCAUACAAAGAUGAAGAACAAAAACAAAACAAGUGGCCAUGAUUCUACAGACAAGGUCAUCAAGGUCACAUCUGAUAGUCAGUCUCAAUCCCCAGUGAAAAUUCCAGAAAAGAAAGAUGAACGUUUAGACAUUUUUCAGGAUGAAUAUAGUGAAAGAAAAACCAGCUUAAGAAACAGCCAGGUUUCUUCCAUGGACAGAACAAGAAAUCUUGGGCCGCAUCGAUCUUCAAGUGUUGACAGAGUGGUUACAAGUGACGAGCCUCGUAACAGGAGUCGGGAAAGGAACUCCGCUACAAGAGAUGAAAGGGAUUCAUCGGUAGAAAGCACACAGAGUAACAUGGAAGGCAAGAGCCCACGAAGCAGCAGGAAUGUUGUUUCAAGAUAUGCUGCUCUGGCUCAGCUGUCAAAAUCUCCCUCGAAGCUGGAGACUUCAAUAAAAUCUGACAAAAGUCACGAAAGUUAUGAAAAGGUCUCAGACAGUCAACAGGUAGAGGUAAGUGAAAAUAGUUCAGAAGCAGGGAGGACAUUUCUGCAUAAUGGCAGAGAGAAGACACCAGGGGAUGAUAUCUGUGUUGAAACUCUCAAGAGUGAGAUAAGAUCAAAAGAAGCUUCAGAGGAAAAGAGUUUGAGUGUGCCAUCGACAGCUCCAAAAACCAGACCAACUACAUUUAGAAGUGACAUUAUCAAAAGCAUUAUUGAUCAGAGACCUUCCGCUGAAAAUGAUACCAAAGACAAUGACGAAAUAGAUCAUGAGGCGAUAUUGGCUGAGAUAUCCUUGCCGUCAUCAGUUUUGACAAAUGGGUCUCCGGAGAAACAACAGAACUCACAAUAUACCGGUUAUAAAACUUCUCCAGAAGCCGGCUUAUCUUCUGCCCAUCAACCACCUGAUUCUGGAGAUAAGUCAGGUUUAUUGUCUGACCUGUCUUCAGACUCAUGUAGAGUUGAAGCCACAGAGAACAUUUGUGAUGUGUCUUCCAGUGCUGGGGCAUCUGCAAUGGAGGACACAAGAGCAGACAAAUCAGAAGCAGAGUUAGGUGACCCUGCUAUAAAGUCAGAUGAAAUCAAACUGGAUACUGUAGAUCCAGAAUCCACACAGGAUACCAGCAUGGAUGUAAUGAUAAAUGCUGGAGAAAAAUUAGAUACAGCAGGUUCUGAACAUAAGGUAACAGAAAAUACCCAGAGCAUGGAAGAUGUACAAUUAAAUGUUGCAGAAUCCAGCAGAAAGUCUGCAGAAGAUGAUCCUGACAUGCAGCAGAAUGUACAGUUAGAUAUUCCAGAUUAUAAGCAUGAAACCUCAGAGUCUUCAGUGGAGAUGGAACCCGCAGUGCAAGCCCAGGUUGAGGAAAGAUUACCUGAAAUAUUGCAGGAUGAAAGUAGCAUCAAAGCUCUACACUUGACUAAACAAGAGGAUAAACCACUUGACCCUGAGAAAACAGAAGUCACUGCACAGAAGCUUGCAGUCUCUGAAAUCAGAAACAAUUCUGGGAAUUCCGAAAAUUGUAAAAAUAAGCCAGGCAGUUCAAAGAGUAAAGCUAUCAAGCAACAAAACUUGCCACCAGUUGCAGUAGUUAGUGCAUUAUCUGAAAGACCAAAGAGAAAAAGGAAAGUUCCUAACAGAAAUAAAGAUGCAGAAGAAAUGCUUUCGAAGAUACAUAACCACAACAGAGAUGUUGCUCCUGUUAAAAAGACAAAGAUAACUCAUGAAAUAAAAGCAAAUGAAUCACCUAAAAAGAAAUUAAAAGUUGAAACUGCAAAGACUGAAACAUCUACAGUGGCAGUGCAUGAAAAAAAUGUUCCUGUUAAAGAUGAGCUGGCAACUCCUACUAAGAACAGAAGAUUAUAUAAAAAAGAUGAGAGUCUUGAGCUGGAGUGUGCAGUUGAUGACAGUGAUGAGCUGUUUGGCAAAGCCAAAGGAAGAUUUGUCAGUAACCGAAUGUAUGUCUUGAAGUGUGGUUCUAAAAAUAAACGACUCAAAUGUUUUGACCAAACAAAAGUGUUCAGACUGAUCGAUGAAGAGCAGCUGAAGUGUCUGGAAUGUGGUGAGUUCUGCUCCCAAGUCUGCAAUCUCAGAAGACAUGUUAUCAGGCAGCAUUUGAAAUGGAGUCGGUUCAAGUGUAAGCUGUGCAAGUUUGAGAGCUAUGACAGGUCAGAGUGCGCGACCCACUUAAUUCGGGGUCACAAAAACAGGGCCAUUACCUUGAGAAAUGUGAAUAAGUUUAUCCUGGAUAUAGUCAGGCAGGGUUCUCUUGCCAGGAGUGUGAAAAAGAAGGAGUCCACAAAGGUGAAACAAAAGUCCGAAAGCCGAGAAGAAAAUAUCUACGUACGACCUACUGUUAAAAAGACACUUCAUUUGCCACAGACACCUGAAGAUGAGAUUUUACACAGAUCUGCCAUUGAGGAGAGCUCCGGAAAUAGAGCGAUUAAAAGUGAUAAGGAACAGCCAUGGGUGGGGACCUCAGUAGAGCUUAUACCCAUGGCGAACUCAUCAGAAAGCAUACAUUCUGUUGCCACAAAGAACCAAAACAGCUUGUUGACUUUAUCACCAAAAGUUGAAACUCAGGCCAAACAGCUUAUCCAGCAGCAUAUAUCUUCAAAAGCGGGACUGGAGACUGCAGGAAAAGUCACACGUAAAACUCUACCCUUCAACAUAUCUACCAGAAACUCACCCCGAACAUUUGACACAACUCCUUACAAUGCCGUCAGUGAUGGUGCCGCUGCUGAAGCAGAAGCCAGCCUUUUCAAACAAAAAUUUCAGCCAGUAAUAGGCAAGAUAAGUAUUCAUCAAGAGACUGUAUCACCUCCAGGGAAAAUUGAAGCUGAAAGAGUCUCUGGACAAAAGUUUCAGCCAGCAACAGGCAAGAUUCAAGAAAACAAUAUAUUACCAUCACGAAAACCUUUACAGAAAACAAGUGCUAGAAGUAAUGGUAGUUUGCAUAAAGAUUUAGUGAAAUCUGGCACUGGAUUUGUGAGCCCAGCAUUAGUUGAAGCCUCUAGUACAGACACAGUUCAGAAAUCUAGAAAUAUUUUUGAACAUAUAAAACUACAGACAACAUCUUCUGCAUCAGCUGUUAGUUCUGUUGUGACUACAGCUUUAACAGUGUCCGAACCUGCACCCUCAGGCUGCCAGGAGCUGACUGUUACUAGCAGUCUUCAUCAAAAUCCUUCCCCACGGAUAGUUGAGGUUAAAGUUGAAAAUCCAAAGAACGUUACUAUUUCAAGUGGCCAGGUUUUGAGUCAGGUACUUGAUUCAUCUCAUAAAAAGGGAACCAGUCCGAAAACAGAGAAACCAAAAGUUGUCAGUUAUGUUUUUCAAAGUCCUCAGCCAAAAUUGUCGAAUUCUUCAGGCAAUACAGUAAAUUCAGACACACUAGGAAAAUUUUUGAUAAAGUCUGGCGAUCAAGUAAGCUUACCUGGCACAAGCCGGUCACCUCCACAGCCAGUUACUAAACUAAAUAUACAACCUGGCACAAGCCUGUCACCUCCACAGCCAGUUACUAAACUAAAUAUACAACCUGGGAAGUUUACCUCGGCGCAGGUUAUUGACUGCGCAAACCUUCAACGCAAACACAUGUCGGUUCCAUCACUGUCUUCAAGUGCUGCAAAAAUUACACCUGCGGAUAAUCUGAAAGUUACACCAAGAGUUUCUGGUACAUCCAAAGAGACAGCAGCAUCUUCUUCAGGCCUCUCUUUGGCAGCUGCACUAACAAAAGGUGGCCAUAUUUUUACAACUGUAGCUACAUCAUUCAUAGUCAAUCAUGGACAGGCAGGGAAGUUCAUCGUCUACACUCGACCAGCUGGUGCUAAAGACUCAACAACCGUUAGCUCAGUGACAAAACAAUCACCAGUGACAUCAUCAUUACCACUGGUAUCGUCACCUUCAGUAGCAGCAGACGUUCAGACCUCGGAGGCUAACCUUCAAAAAGAUUCUCAGAGUCAGGGUUCUGUAGUGGAAGAUGUGUUGUCUCCAGGAACUUUUGUUAUCCGUAAACAUUAUCUGUAA